AAGAUCUUCAAAGAAAAGAUAUAUCGCACAUUUUCUUUCACUUUGAAAAAAAACUUCCCCACCGUCAGUCACUUUCUAUCCUUCAUUUACAAAUUCUAAAAUUUCUCCCCUGCAGUUCAGUUACUGCGUGGACGGUUGAAAAUCAGUGACCAAAUGCCAGAGAUUCAGUUGGGUUCUCACACAAUAAAAUCUCAUGGAGCCAAAGUUGCCAGGGUUCAUAUGCACGACUGGCUGAUUCUUUUGCUUCUUGUGGUGAUAGAUGUCGUUUUGAAUGUUAUAGAACCAUUUCACCGUUUUGUUGGAAGGGAUAUGAUGACAGACCUGUCAUACCCACUGAAAGACAAUACUGUUCCAUUUUGGGCUGUUCCAAUUGUUGGGAUAUUGCUGCCUUUUGUCAUCAUUAGCGUCUAUUACUUUAUCAGAAGGGAUGUCUAUGACCUGCACCAUGCUAUUCUAGGCCUUCUAUUUUCUGUGCUUAUUACUGCAGUCAUAACCGAUGCAAUUAAAGAUGGUGUCGGUCGUCCUAGACCUGACUUCUUUUGGCGUUGUUUCCCAAAUGGCAAGGGGGUGUUUGAUAAUGUCACAACAGAUGUCAUUUGUACCGGAGAUAAGAGUGUCAUUAAAGAAGGACACAAGAGUUUUCCUAGCGGCCAUACUUCUUGGUCCUUUGCGGGCCUCGGUUUUCUAUCAUGGUACUUAUCUGGGAAAAUCAGAGUUUUUGAUCGUAGAGGCCAUGUUGCAAAACUCUGUAUUGUGAUUUUACCAUUGCUUGUUGCAGCUCUUAUUGGUAUUUCUCGAGUUGAUGACUACUGGCAUCACUGGCAAGAUGUUUUUGCUGGGGGUCUUAUAGGACUGACAGUUGCUUCGUUUUGUUACUUGCAAUUCUUCCCACCCCCAUAUGAUAUUGAUGGCUGGGGACCUCAUGCAUAUUUUCAGAUGUUGGCAGAAUCUCGGAAUGGCGCUCAGUCUUCCAACGACAUCAAUUCUCUUAAUGUGCAGCAAUCGGAGCUUCAGAGUGUAUAUAUUGAAUCUCAACAUCGUACUAUCAUUACCCGGGACACGAGCCCCAUUCUGGACGAAACACACUGAGAGGAGACUGAUUUCAUGCUUUUGAACAUAGAAGAGAGAGAAAGCUGGGGUACUACAUGUCCAUACCAAGUAAACUCCGUAGAAUAUGUUCUUUUACAGUAGCAGACAUCCCUAUUUGAUAUGUCUACUCGUUCACCCCUGACCUUGAACAGACUCUUUUUUAGUGAGAUUCAUUCAUUCAAUUCAAGGGUUUGGCUGUUUAUAUUUUAUACUUAUAACAAUAGUUUUAUAUUACUUGUGUGUCUUUUUGUAUAUAUUCUCUGUUAUUAAUAUGAGAUUUAUCCUCUUUGCAUUAGAUUC